AUGGAGAACCACUAUGUGACUAUCACGCUGGACUUGAAACAGGUCUUCCAGAUAGCCUACGUGAUUAUAAAAGCAGCCAACUCACCUCGUCCAGGUAACUGGGUCCUAGAGCGUUCCAUAGAUGGUGUGACCUUUGAACCCUGGCAGUACUACGCCAUCACAGACACAGAGUGCCUGACACGGUUCAACAUUUACCCAAAGACAGGACCCCCAUCGUAUUCUAGAGACAAUGAAGUUAUUUGCACGUCUUUCUAUUCAAAGAUUCACCCUCUGGAGAAUGGAGAGAUCCACACCUCGCUGAUCAACGGGCGGCCCAGUGCAGACGACCCCUCCCCCAUCCUGCUCAACUUCACCUCGGCCCGCUACAUUAGGCUGGUGUUUCAGCGAAUCAGAACGCUGAACGCUGACCUCAUGACCCUGACCCAGCACGACCCCAGAGACAUCGACCCCAUCGUGACGAGACGGUACUACUAUUCAAUUAAGGACAUCUCAGUGGGAGGGAUGUGUAUCUGUUACGGCCAUGCCAAGGCCUGUCCACUCAACAGCGUCUCCAAGAAGUUCACCUGUGAGUGUGAGCACAACACAUGCGGGGAGAGCUGCGAUCGUUGUUGCCCUGGUUACCACCAACAGCCCUGGAUGGCUGGAACCUUCCUCACUCGACACGUCUGUGAAAAGUGUAACUGCCAUGGUAAAGCUGAGGAGUGCUACUUCAACCAGACAGUAGCAGACCUCUCGCUCAGUCUGGACACCCAUGGCAAAUACAGAGGAGGUGGAGUCUGUGUGGGUUGCCGUGACAACACGGCCGGCAUCAACUGUCAGAGCUGUGCUGCCGGAUACUACAGACCUGAUGGGAUAAAUGCUGAUGAUGAGGAGCCCUGCCAACCCUGCUCAUGUGACCUACACGGCUCCAUCAGCCAAUCAUGUGUCCCGGAUCCUGGCCAUGCCACACCCACUCAGCCAUCAGGGUCGUGCCUGUGUAAGGAGGGUUUCGGGGGUCUGAGAUGUGACAGGUGUGCGAAAGGUUAUAUGGGCUACCCUUACUGUCAGCGCUGUAACUGCAGUGUGGAAGGAAGCACCAACACUGACCCGUGUACACUGCCCUGUAUCUGCAAGGAGAAUGUGGAGGGAGAGAACUGCGACCGCUGCAAGCUGGGAUUCUACAAUCUCCAUGGUGACAAUCGACACGGUUGUGAAAAGUGUUCCUGUAUGGGCGUGGCCAGCCUGUGCUCCGCCUCCACGUGGGCCUAUGAGAAUGAGACCACUCUGACGGGCUGGCAUCUGAUUGGAGAGACAGGACGGUGGGUGUGGUCUGUCCACAGUCACACGCCUCCAUAUCUCAGCGUCCGUCACUCAGACGUUGUGUCGGAUCUUGGCUCCUCCUACUAUUGGAGCGCACCUGAGCUGUACCUGGGAAACAAGCUAUUGGCCUAUGGAGGAAGUCUGGUCUACAGAGUGUCUUACACUACAGACCAGCAACAACAGACAGCCAUCAGAGUCACCUCACAACCUGACCUUAUCAUAGAGGGAGGCGGGGUGAAGAUAACUGACAGCAGAUAUGGCCAGCCGGUGUACCCCUCCUCGCCUGUCACCAGCCACAUCGCUCUCCUACCAGAAAACUUCCUGGUUACAGAGACCGGGCAGCCAAUCAGCCGAAGGGAUUUCUUGUCUGUGUUGGCCAAUGUGACCCGAGUGUUGGUCAGGGCCUCCUAUAGCACAGAGCCCAGCGCUGUGUACAGGCUCCACACAUUCUCUAUGGAGGUUUCGAAUCCCUCUUACAGAGCAGGGAAGAGAGCAUCAGCUGUAGAAAUCUGCUCCUGUCCUCCUGGAUAUGCUGGGACUUCAUGUGAGAUGUGUAUUCCUGGUUUUCGGAGGAUUAAUGGGACUUUGUAUAAUGGUGUGUGUGAAGCUUGCCGUUGCCAUGGACAUGCUGCACAAUGCCAUGAGGUCACUGGUCACUGCCUGGGCUGCUCCCACCACACCACAGGCCCCCACUGCGACACCUGCCUACCUGGUUACUAUGGUAACGCCACCUAUGGGUCAGCCACUGACUGUCAGCCAUGUGCCUGCCCGCUUACUCUGCCCAGCAACAACUUCAGCCCCACCUGUCACCUAGGAGAUGAGGGAGAGGUGCUAUGCGACCGUUGUCAACCUGGAUACACAGGACCACGAUGUGACAGAUGUGCCAAUGGGUACUUCGGGCAGCCCACUGUACCAGGAGGCUCCUGCCAGCCCUGUGAUUGUCAUGGCAACCUGGAUCUUGCCACACCCCGCAGCUGUGAUCCAAUCACAGGCCAGUGCCUGCGCUGCCGCCAAGGCUAUGGAGGAGUGGCUUGUGACAGUUGUGCUGACGGUUACUAUGGAGACGCCAUUACUGCUAAAAACUGCCAACCCUGUCAGUGUCACAGCAACGGCUCUCUAUCAGAGGUGUGCAAUAAGGAGACGGGCGAGUGCCAUUGUCGAGAACAUGUGGUUGGACGACAAUGUGACGAGUGCAUGCCUGAGAUGCACGGCAUCACCACGGGCGGAGUGUGUGUUCCAUGUCACUGUAACUCGUUUGGCUCCAAGUCGUUUGACUGCGAUGAGAAUGGUCAGUGUCGGUGUCAGCCUGGCGUCACCGGACCCAAAUGUGACCGCUGCUCGCGAGGAUAUUUCAACUUCCAGGAGGGUGGCUGCACACCUUGUGAAUGCAGCCAUGUGGGGAAUAACUGUGAUGCUAACACAGGCCAGUGCGUCUGUCCCCCCAACACUGUUGGUGAGAGGUGCGACCGCUGUGCUCCCAACCACUGGGGCCACGACAUCAUGACAGGAUGCAAGGAGUGUGGCUGCAGUGUGGUAGGCUCUGUGACCCAGCAGUGUAACGUCAACACAGGCUGCUGCUUCUGUCGGGACGCCUUCAGAGGAGAGAAGUGCAAUGAAUGUCAGCUGGGAUACAGAGACUUUCCUCAGUGCAUCCAGUGUGAGUGUAACACCUCAGGGUCGGACAGCCAGACCUGUGACCUGGAGCGGGGAGUGUGUGCCUGCGCAGAUCGCACGGGAAAGUGUAGCUGCAAGGCCAAUGUGGAGGGAGACAGCUGUGACCGUUGUAAGCCAGGCACCUUUGGGUUGUCAGUACGAAACCCACAGGGCUGCAGUAGGUGUUAUUGUUACGGACUAACGCAGUCCUGCACAGAAGCUCAAGGACUCAUCAGGAUGUGGCUGACCUUGAAGCCAGAGCAGACGGUGCUCCCCCUGGUGGAUAAGUCCAACACCGCUGAGACGAGGAGAGGGGUGAGCUUCCAGCACCCUGAGAUCCUGGCCCACGCUGAGCUGGUCACUGCGGCUCUGAACGAACCCUACUACUGGAGAUUACCUGAGCAGUUCAGAGGCUCUAUGAUCACAGCGUACGGUGGACAGUUGAAGUAUGCCGUUUACUACGAGGCCAGAGAUGAAACUGGUCCCUCCUCCUACGAGCCUCAGGUCAUCAUCCGGGGCGGGCCUAACAGGGACCUGGUGAUGACACGUCACACAACGGGGCUCCAGAUUGGUCAGCUCACCCGCCACGAGAUCGACAUGACAGAGCAUGAGUGGAAGCAUGCAGACGGGCGGUCUAUGACUCGUGAGGAUUUCAUGGACGUUUUGUUUUACGUGGACUACAUACUGAUCAAGGCAUCACAUGGAAACCUGAUGAGACACAGCCGUAUUUCAGAGAUCAGUCUGACGGUGGCCGAGGAAGGCAGACCGACCACAGAGAGUGAGAGGGCCCAUCAGAUUGAGAAAUGUGACUGUCCUACUGGAUACUCUGGACUUUCUUGUGAGGAGUGUGCUGCAGGUUUCUACCGUCUCCGUGGUGUUGGCAGCGCCCUGGCGUCUGCUCCGGCGUCUCGAGUGCCCACCGCCGCUGGCAUGGGCAGCUGCGUUCAGUGCCAAUGCAGUGGGCAUUCGUCCACAUGUGACCCUGAGACAUCCAUAUGCCAGAAUUGCCAAGACAACACAGAGGGUGACCGAUGUGAACGCUGCGCUCCGGGUUUCUAUGGUGUGGUCCGCGGUUUCCAUGACGACUGUAAACCCUGCGCUUGCCCCCUUACCAACCCAGAGAACAAUUUCAGUCCAACCUGUGUAGCUGAAGGGUUUGAUGACUAUCGAUGCACUGCCUGUCCUGAGGGUUAUGAGGGCAAAUACUGUGAGAGGUGUGCCACUGGUUACCACGGUAACCCACGGAUGCCAGGCGGCCGCUGCGAGGAGUGUAAGUGUUCCUUGUGGGGGGCGUGGCCUGGACCAUGUGACCCUGUGACAGGCCAAUGCCGUUGCAGGGUCGGGGCAUCUGGGCAGACGUGUGACCAGUGCAUGGAGAGGCAUGUGUGUGGACCAGCUGGGAUCAUCUCCUGUGAUGAUGAUUGCUCAGGUCUGCUGAUCAGUGAUAUGGAUCGCCUUUAUCGCAUCAUCACUGAUGUCACCCUGACCACGCCCCUGCCACCUCCCUAUAAGAUCUUGUACCGCUUCGAGAACAUGACAGAGGAACUCAAGCACAUGCUGUCGCCUCAAAAAGCUCCGGAGAGAUUACUGCAGCUGGCUGACUCCAACCUGGGAUCACUCGUCACAGAGAUGGACCAGCUACACAGCAGGGCCACUAAAGUGUCUGCUGACGGAGAGCAAGUUGAGGAUGAUGCAGAAAGGAUUUAUAAACGAGCUGAAGACCUGGAGGAGUUCAUCAGGGACACACUGCUGGGUGUUCAAGGACUCCAGUUGAAGGCUGAGGAGCUGAACCAGACUCUCUCGCGGAGAGACGGAGCUCCAGAGAAAAGCCUGAAGGAAAUGAAGGACGAGAUCCAGACUAUGUUAGCUGAGAUGAGAAAACGACAGCUGGGGGGGAAGAAGAGUAUUGCAGAGGAAGAGAUGGAUCUAGCGGAGGAGUUGUAUCAAAAAGUGAAGAGAUUGUUUGGCGAUCCUCAUCAGGCCACCGAGGACCUGAAAGCUGAGGUAACAGGAAAGCUGUCGGACCACCAGGGGAAGCUGCAGGAGGCCCAGGAUCUUCUUCACACUGCCCAGGGAAAGACCAGGGAGGCCGAUGUACUAGCCACUCAGAACCAGGCUAACCUUACCACCCUGGAGAGGAAGCGUUCUGCAGUGAGUGGGGUGAAACAAGGAGCACAGGAAGUCCUUGGAGAAGGAGAGCGUCUUCUGGCCGAGGCUAACCAGCUCUCUGACAACAUCAACAAGGAGAUAGAGGACUUGGAGGAGAUGGGGCGAGAGUUGGAUCCUCUCCACGAGCAGCUGGACUUUAAAGUCAGUCGCCUCGCUGAUGGUUUGAGAGACGGCAGCCUGGCCGAUCACGUGCAGGACGCAGAGACACACGCCCUGCAGCUGAACGAAUCUGCUGCUAUUCUGGAUGGGAUUUUGGCUGAAGCUAGGAAUCUGUCCUUCAAUGCGACAGCUGCCUUCAAGGCCUACAGUAAUAUUAAAGCGAAUGUCGACGCAGCAGAGAAGGAGGCAAAGACAGCCAGACAGAGAGCUGCUGAGGCACUGGCACUGGCUUCAGGUCCAGAGGUCCCAGUUAAGGAGGCAGCCAAAGGUUCCCUCCAGAAGAGCUACAGACUGCUAAAUCAAGCUAAACAACUUCAAAAUGAUGUCGAAGAGAAUGCAGCCAGUGUGGCCGGGUUGAAGGGCAGAGUUAAUGCAGCCAAAGACAAAAACAAAGACCUGCUCAAAGCUGUCAACGAAUCCAUGGCAACACUCAACGCUAUCCCCAAUGACACAGCAGCCAAGCUGGAAGCCACCAAGGCUGUCGCGGUUGAUGCUAAUGCCACGGCCAUAGACGUCCUGGAGCGCCUGGGGGAGCUCAACCUGCGCCUCCGUGGCCUGCAGAGGAACUACAGUGACCUAGAGGACACGGUCAAUGCAGCCAAUCAGAUGAUCCAGGACCCUGAGAAAAACACUAUCAUUCAUGCUGCCGGGGCUAAAGUGAAGGAUUUGGAGGAUGAAGCUGAUCGGCUAUUGGAGAAGCUGCAGCCAAUCAAAAAGCUGCAGGACAAUUUGCGACGGAACAUCUCGCAAAUCAAGGAACUGAUCAAUCAAGCCAGGAAACAAGCCAAUUCAAUCAAAGUAUCAGUGUCAUCGGGUGGCGACUGUCUCCGUAGUUACCGCCCGGAUAUCAGGAAAGGGAGGUACAACACCAUCGUUCUCCACGUCAAAACCACCACAGCUGAUAACCUGCUCUUCUACCUUGGAUCAGCUAAAUAUGUUGAUUUCCUGGCUUUAGAGAUGCGCAAGGGGAAAGUGAGUUUCCUCUGGGACGUGGGCUCAGGCGUAGGGAAAGUAGAAUACCCUCACCUCACCAUCCAUGAUGGGAGCUGGCACAGAAUAGAAGCAUAUCGAAAUGGUUUGAAUGGUACCAUAUCAGUGUAUCCUCUGGAAGGCACUAAGGCUGGUAUGAUGCCAACGCCGGCCAGCGCCAACUCCCCGUCAGCCUACACCAUCCUGGACGUGGACCAGAACGCGUACCUGUUUGUAGGAGGAAUACUGGGCACUGUCAAGAAAGCAGAUGCAGUGAGGACGACCACGUUCACAGGCUGCAUGGGGGAGACUUACCUGGAUAAUAAACCCAUUGGGCUGUGGAACUACAGAGAGAGACAGGGAGACUGCAAGGGAUGUGUGGUCAGCCCCCAGCGUUCAGACAGUGAGGGAACAGUCCAGUUGGAUGGCGAGGGAUACGCUGCAGUGGGACGACCCACAAGGUGGAACCCCAACAUUUCCACUGUCACCUUCAAGUUCAGGACUUUCUCCUCAGAGGCCCUGCUCAUGUACCUCGCCACCACCGAUAUGAAGGAUUUUAUGUCCCUGGAGCUGUCAGAGGGCAAGGUGAAGGUGACCUUUGACCUCGGGUCAGGAGUCGGCACUGCCACGUUGCCCAGCCGCCACAAUGACGGGCGUUGGAAAUCUCUCACCAUGGCCCGCAACAAGAAGCAAGCCACGGUCACUAUAGUGGAUAUCGACAGUGGUGCUGAGGAGAAGAUAGUGGCCACUUCUCAGGGUUCAGCCACUGGUCUGAACCUCAAGGAAAACCAGAAGAUCUACUUUGGAGGGCUGCCUACCAUUGGAAACUACAGCAUGAAAGCCAGAUCAGAGGUGACUCUGAAGCGAUAUGCAGGAUGUCUUGGGGACAUUGAAGUCUCCAGAACCCCAUAUAACCUGCUGAGUAGCUCAGAUUACACUGGGGUCACUAAAGGAUGCAGCAUAGAGAAUCUCUACACAGUUAGUUUCUCCAAGCCCGGCUACAUGGAGCUGGCUGGCCUUUCAUUCGCUCUCGCCACGGAGAUCAGCCUGUCAUUCAGCACUCUGACGGACACCGGGACCAUCCUGCUGGCGGUGGGCGGGGCUUCACCAAGCAGCCAGCAGGCCCAGAACACACACCUGUUCAGCCCCAAGAGAAGACGCAGGCAGUCCGGAGAGCCCUACCUCUCAGUCAUGCUGAACAAAGGCUCUCUGGAGGUUUUGGUUUUUACUGGCAGCCACAGUCCACGUCGGGUCAUCAGACGACCAGAGCAAGGCAUACUGCAUGAUGGGAGAGAGCACUCACUACGUAUAGAGAGACUUGCUGGCAGAUCCUUUGCAGUUCAAGUGGAUGAGGAGGCCAAGAGGGAGGCCGGGCUUCCAAACGACCAGCCAAUGAGCUUGGAGCGACUCUUCCUCGGUGGUAUUCCUGCAGAAGUAGAGCAGACGUCCAACAGAGCUAACGUCCCGUUCCAGGGAUGUAUAUGGAACCUCAUGGUCAAUGCUGUUCUAUCAGAUUUCUCCCAGCCUGUGUCCUUUGAGAAUGCCGAAAUUGGGCAGUGCCCCAACCUUGCCCCCAUUCAGCCCCUGCCCGUCCUGCCAGAGGAAGAGGAGGAGCCUGAAGAGGAAAAGGAGGAAUCUAAGUCUGCCCCUCCGACACCGGCCCCCGCAACGCCAUCUCCAGGGCUUCCUACGGAAGCCACGCCCCUUGCCAAGCCCGCUGUACCCACCGCUGCAGCCACGCCCUCUGCCACACAGGAGCCCAGCACUGACAUGGACUCUUGUGCAUCAGCUGUGCCCUCGGCGGUGCUGGAGAAGGCCUAUCAGUUUGGACUGACCAGGAACAGCCACAUGAGCUUUGCCUUUGACGACACCAAAGUCAGAGAAAGGCUAAUAUUGGAGUUUGAGCUGAGAACAAAGGAGGAGUCCGGGCUGGUUCUCUACAUGGCAAGAAUCAACCACGCCGACUUUGUUACCAUACAGAUAAAGGAGGGCCAGGUGUGUCUGGGUUAUGAUCUGGGUCAUGGAAACACGUCUGGCUGCGUCCCCUUCUCCAUCAACGACGGCAACUGGCACAAGAUCCGUAUGAGUCGUAGCAAGCAGCGAGCUGUGCUGAUGGUGGAUGGACGUUACAGUAAACAGAUGAUCAGUCCUAAGAAGGCCGACUUGUUAGACGUGGUAGGAAUGCUCUAUGUUGGUGGAUUACCACAGAAUUAUACCACCAAGAGGAUAGGGCCGAUCCUCUACAGUAUUAAUGGGUGUAUCCGUAACUUUAAGAUGGUGGGAGGUCCUGUGACCAGUAAGGCAGGAGCCACAGGUCGCUCUCAGUCUGUCAUGGAGGACUUUAACUUGGACAUGGCUGCACCCACCUCGAGUCACAUGGUCGGAAGAUGCUUCGUUUCCACGGAGACAGGAACCUAUUUUGAUGGCACCGGUUUCCUCAAAGCAGUCGCUUCCUACAGGGUGGGUCUAGACGUGUCGAUAGAGUUGGAGUUCAGAACCAGCAGAACCAGUGGAGUGCUUCUGGCCGUCAGCAACCAAGCUAACGAUGGACUGGGUCUGGAGAUCAACCAGGGCAAGCUCCUGUUCCAUGUUGACAACGGAGCGGGACGAAUCACAGCAGAGCACCAGCCUGAGGGGGAGGGCUUCUGCGACGGCAAGUGGCACUCCGUCACCGCUAACAAGCUGCGCCAUAAGGUGGAGCUGGUGGUUGACGGGGAGAGGAGCCAAGCGGAAAGCCCCAACGUGCGGUCCAACAUCUGCGAUACCAACGACCCCAUCUACGUAGGAGGAUAUCCCGAUGGAGUUCGUCAGGCAGCUCUCUCCACCAGCACUUCCUUCAGAGGCUGUAUGAGGAACCUGAAGAUCACCAAGGCCUCUAAAACCAUGGAGGUGCACUUCAACAAGGCUCUGGAGAUUAAAGGAGCGCAGCCUCUCUCCUGCCCUGCUGCAGCAGCUUAACUCUGUAACCUCAACGACCUCCUCUUCUUUACGUCUCUCUGUGGAGUAUGGCCGAAAUUCACACUUGGCCGAGAUUCCUGCAAUUUCUUGGUCUUUAAAGCUGCACUUGGCAGGAUUUUUUGGGGGGGUAAAAACAGAGCAGGAAGAGAGCAAUCAAAAUUUAAUGAAAGUGAAAAAGUGAAAUACAAACAGUCUCCUAAACAGCAGAGAAAAAUAGACUCGCCAGUGGUGCCUGAACCUCUUAACCCCCUUCCCGACCACAGCACACUAAGAAGUGGACAUUUACUUAACUGAUGUCAGACAGUAGCUCACUGCCAGCUGGGGGCUGGUAGCAUGAAUUAGCCAAGUGUAGCUUUAAAAAUGGGGGAAAAAACUGCAAAAAAAAAAAUCAGGGAGUUAACAAAAGUCUUGAAAUUCACCCUCACACUCAGUUGCCAUUCAUCAAUGAAUAUUUUUACAACACAACAAUAUCUACAAACUAAAUCUAUCAUAUCUACAAGGUCUAAAAAAGAAAAGGCAGAAUAUUUGUAAGGAGACCUCUGCUGUGCUUCCUGGUGCUUACAGUAUCUCUCAACUUGGGGAACACAUUCAAGCAUUUUUUGGGGAUAUUUGUGACUUUGUGGAUAUUAAAUAAACCAGUGAAGAGCCUCUUGAAGUGAAAGAACAGGGUUAAUGGGGUCUUGCAGUUUUACUAUUACACACAUCACACGAAAUUAUGUCCGUACUGCAGCCUAUUCAAAGUUAUAGUUUAUGUCUCUGCUGUGAUUAUUCUAUGAGUGAUAAUUUAUCAGGGUCCUUCAUAAACUUUGUUCCCCUUUAAAUUCAUUCAGAAAGGUUCAGCUUCAUUGUUCCAUUGAUGCCCCCGUAUUUCUUAACAUUUUGCAAUGUGUUAUCCAUGGAUUGGCCAAAUUUCCAAAUAUUCAAAACGGGAAAGCUGGAGGCACAAGGUUUCUGCAGGACACUGACAACAUCCUGUCUUCUGCAUGGUGUGGUUGAUGAUAUGUAAUCAGCAGUUUCUGCAAAUAUAUUUCUGUUGGCAUCAAA